AUGGCUUCCAUCACGCAGGUCGUCACCCUCCCGCUGCCGGCUCUCCCCGAGGGCUGGAGCGCCGAAAAGGACUUCAAGGCCGUCGGAAAGCUCUCCGGCGCCGUGCAGCGCAGCAUCGAGCCUGUUGGACCGCAUUUCCUGGCCCACGCCCGCCGAGCUCGUCACAAGCGCACCUUUUCCGAGGACGACCGGAUCCAGGCUCAGGAGAGCGCCAAGAAGGUGGAGGAUCUGGACGAUGGCGAGGAGAGCGAGGCUGAGGACCCGAUGCUGCUGCAGCUGCAGGCCAAGGACUGGAAGACCCAAGAUCACUACAAGGUGCUCGGCCUGUCCAAGUACCGUUACAAGGCCACCGAGGACCAGAUCAAGAAGGCCCACCGCAAGAAGGUCCUCAAGCACCACCCCGACAAGAAGGCCGCCCAGGGCCGCACCGAGGACGACCAGUUCUUCAAGUGCAUCCAAAAGGCCACCGACAUCCUGCUCGACCCCAUCCGACGCCGCCAGUUCGAUUCCGUCGACGAGGAGGCCGACGUCGAGCCGCCCUCCAAGAAGCAGCUGCAAAAGGGCGACUUCUACAAGCAGUGGAGCAAGGUCUUCAAGUCCGAGGCUCGUUUCUCCAAGACGCACCCCGUGCCCACCUUUGGCGACGCCAACGCCUCCAAGGAGCAGGUCGAGGAGUUUUACAACUUCUGGUACAACUUUGACAGCUGGAGGAGCUUCGAGUACCUCGACGAGGACGUCCCCGACGACGGCGAGAGCCGCGACCACAAGCGCCACGUUGAGCGCAAGAACCAGAACUCGCGCAAGAAGAAGAAGGCCGAGGACAAUGCUCGUCUGCGUAAGCUGCUAGACGACGCAUCCGCCGGCGACGAGCGCAUCAAGCGCUUCCGACAGGAGGCCAACGCCGCCAAGAACAAGAAGAAGUUUGAAAAGGAGGCCGCCGAGAAGAAGGCCGCCGAGGAGGCUGCCGCUAAGAAGGCCGCUGACGAAAAGGCAAAGGCCGACGCCGAGGUUGCUGCCAAGGCUGACCGCGAGGCCGGCAAGAAGGCGAAGGAGGCGGCCAAGAAUGCGCUCAAGAAGAACAAGCGUGUGCUCAAGGGUUCCGUCAAGGACGCAAACUACUUUGCCGCUGGAGGCGAUGCCUCUGCUGCCCAGAUUGACGCCGUGCUGGGCGAUGUCGAGCUGGUCCAGGGCAAGAUUGAGGCUGAGGAGAUUGCUGCUCUUGCCGGCAAGCUCAACGGCCUGACGGUGGCGGAUGAAAUCAAGGGCGUGUGGAGCGCCGAGGUGAAGAGGCUGGUUGAUGCUGGCAAGCUGAAGGAGGGCGAUGCCAAGAGCCUGGCGUAA